AUGUCUACACAAAUCUCUACUACGAAGGAUUUUUUGCAGGGUGCAUUGCAAAAAUGCCUCCAAGACAGCGUCGAGAUCGGUGUACCGGGUCUGACGGCUGCAGUGGCAUCCUCGCAAGGUCUGCUAUGGGCAGGCACGGCAGGAUUGGCAAAUAUAGAAGGCAGAAAACCGUUUACUUCUGACCACGUCUCUGGAAUCGGAAGCAUCACAAAGGUUUUCAUGAGUGUAGUAAUACUACAGCUCAUUGAUGAAAAGAGACUCAACCUCAACGAUACGCUUGAACAGUACGUCUCUGCGGAAUUGCUCCGAGGUAUCCCUCAUGCGUCAGGAGCAACCAUAAGCCAGCUCCUUCGCCACACUUCGGGCAUUCCAAGCUGGGAAGAUGAUCCUCGAUGGAUACGAGAGGGCCGUGGGUCAGAACUUGAUCCCGAUAAGAUUUGGACAAGCACAGAAACUCUGGAUUACAUCCGCUACGAGAGCAACCCGAAUCUUCAUGCACCGGAUCCCAAGCCUACCCCAGGGAAUUACUCAUAUGCAAACACCAACUUUACUUUCCUUGGUCUAAUUGCAGAGGCCAUUUACUCAACGGACGUUUCCCCCGAAAUUGACAUGCCAGUUGGACAUUCACGCGUCGGAGCCGCAGCUCUCAUUCGCUCGCGAGUGCUUGAGCCCCUGGGGUUGAAUUAUACAUAUCUUGAGGGAUUUGAAAUGCCUCAAGCAGGUGAAAUUCCCAGUAGAUAUCAUUGGGUAACUCCCACAUUCUUGUCAACAGCCGGUGCUUGUCCUUCUUUCCCAAAUCCUAAAUCUCGUCCGGAUCUCUUAAAUGCAAGCAUAUCGAACAUGUCAACAGAAUGGGUCGCCGGCGGCAACUUGUCACAUCCAAAAGAUCUUUGCACUCUAGCGCUUGCCAUUCGAAAUGCCAAAAUUUUGUCAUCCUCCUCGCAGAAAAUAAUGCUCGACCUCAUACCAAUAAGACCUAGCAUAUGGGUGGGUCAUGGUAUCUUCAAGAUGCAGACUAGCGAUGGUCAAGGGUGGUUUGGUCACAACGGAAGUACUUUGGGUUUCAAUGGAAGUAUGUUCUGGAAUGAAGAAAUGGAUGUUGCCGUUGCCAUUCUUGGAAACGUCGGAACAAUGCAUGCUGGGAAGGUUCCCGGUGCUGCCUCAGUUGCCGUUGAGGGCGAGUUCCUUGGGUUGGCAUUGAAACUUGCAAGGCUAUCUGCUGGCGAGAAAUCAUCAAACUUCCCUAAAUGA